CUUCAUUCCUCAUUUCGACCCACAUGGAUGCGCGAGCUGGUCACGCGGGGCCGCCGCGGCGCAAUAGCGACGAGUUUGACAUCGCCACAGGCAACUCCGCAUUCUCCGUGUCACCGCAUCAGUCUUCGCGUAUUAUGGAUCGGUCUGUGGGCGACACAGGCACGUCGAACUUUUCCGUGUCACCUUCGCCUCUCUCGUCGCCGAUGCAUUCGGUCCUGCGGCCUCCAGUCAACAUCACGACCACAUCACCACCUUCGGAGCCGUCCACGGGCUCUGCAGACUCGCAAUCUCCGCUUAAAUCCGCUCUGCGCAAUCCCAAUAGCCCACAGAAGCCCAAAAUUACUCGAAGAGUCUCCAUCGAACACAACGUGCAAGUGGACGCAGAGUCCAGACGGCAACGGGACCGACUGAGCUCCUCUCAACAUUCUGCAGCUUCAUCCGAGUCUGGAUUGGACGACUCGGGCGUCAGUUUGAGGUUUCGACGGACGCCUCCCAACAGCAAGACGUCGCACCGUAGCUCCUUCGCUAUGAGAGACACAGUGCUGUCCAGGAUGUCGUCCAAUGUGGGUACACUGAGAAAGAGUUUCUUCGGCGUAAUAGGCAGAGGCACAACCGUGAACGACCCACUGGAACUGUCUCCAAACCAAGAGUUCGACCUGGACGUCAUCGACGAAAGCGGCGGAUUGGACGAGAAUAUCGGACAAAUUCUCAAACCCCAAGUGGAUUUUAGCAACUGGAUCAAGGAAGGCUACAUCGUAUUGUCCGUGGGCGUGAUCUUAUUGGUCAUAAUGAUCGUUCUGGCGGAAACAGUGGACUCGCUCAAUGGGUACAAAAUCGACCCGGGCCUCGUCUUCGGCUCUCUGCUGACGCUCAUCCUCUGCGUCUGCGUCUUCGUGACGUACCACGGCGUGCAGAGCUACCAGAGGCACCCGAACCCUUUAAUUUACUACAAAUGUGUCAUCGACAUCUUCUUGGCGCUGCGAUUCCUGCUAGACCCGAUGCUGCUGGACAUGGGCGUGUACCGAGUGAAUGACGACGCGUCGUGUGCGUAUCUCUCGGGUGUGACACAGUUUCUGUAUCUGUCAAGCGAUUGCUGGUACUUUGCGCAGAUUGUGGAUCUCUACUGGUCCCUCACGAACCCGUUUAUGAGCGUCAAGGCCAACCGAAGGCGGUUCAAGACGAUGGUUUACUCGGCUGGAGCGUUCACCGGCAUCUUCGCUGCGCUGGUGCCUAGUGUCCAUGGCCUGGCAGAUGGCAACUACUGCUGGACCAAGCGGAAGACGACGGAUGACCCUGUGGAGCGCGACUUUUUCCACCUUAACCGAGGCAGUUGGCUACUUUUCUACAUGUGGAUGAUUCUCUUCUACAUCUCGGGCAUUGCCGUGCUGGUUUUUGGCGUCAAACGACUCCGAUCGGGACUGCGGGACACGCUGCAGAGUCGCCGCGAGAUGCUGCGCAACGGGGCGCUUUCCAUCUCGAGCUACACCAUCUACUGGACGAUUGUGUUCAUCUGGUACGCCCUGUCCUUCCAGAGGCGCACAGCGUACGACGAGGACGGCAACUUACCGCCAAGUCACGUUUUCCGCGCCUUCACGUUUGCGCUGUCCGCUCGUGGCGCGGUGGACUAUUUCGUGUGGUUUAUGAUAAAUAGUCCCAGUUUGAUCCGCCCCAACUGGCUCAAAUUCUCGUCCGACUCGGCCGACAAACAGUUUAGCGCGCAGCUGAACACAGCGCUACAGGAAGAGCUCAUUUACUUUACGAUCGAGGGGAUGACGCGCGCAAUUCAAAUUGCAGAAGAAGAUUUGAAUCGGAUUCGAGAUCGCUCGCCCACGCAGGAGCUUGUAUUGGGCGUAAGUGACGACGAAGGCGACCGGACGUCACUCGGUGAGGCUGCGACGACAGCGACGGGCGUUCCUGGAGCGGGGAGUAGUAGUAAUCUACUGCACAGUAUGCAGAGAAACCGGAUGCUCACCAGUAUUACCGAGGCCAUCAACGCUGGACUGCAUCGCAACAGUAGCGCCGACGCCGACGCUCGACGCGCCAAGAAGAAGCUCAGCAAGGAGCCGGACUUUAGCUUCGACAUCCCACAAGAGCAGCGGUCCAUGCAGUCGACUGGGGAUCGUCGUGUCCACAAUCCUUCGUCUGCCUCAACAGCUCCGACGACGUCAGGCCAGCGAUCUCCAACUCCUGCGGCGGGCACUACCGCUACCACCACGGCUUCUAUCCGGUUUACGCCGUACAGACCGCAGGCGUUUGCGGAGCUGCGUCAGGCGUACGGAAUCAAAGCGGCAGACUUCAUGAAGUCUUUCCAGACGAGUACAAAGCCAAAUAUUAGCGAAGGAGCCAGCGGUGCGUUCAUGUUUUUCAGUGGCGACAAAAAGUAUAUCGUCAAGUCGAUGGCCGAAGAAGAGGCGCGGUUCUUGUGUGAGAUCGCAGACAAGUACGCCGAGUACUUGACGCUGAACCCGAGCUCUCUGGUCACCAAAUUCUACGGCUGCUUCAAGAUCACCAUGUACGACAAACGCUUCUACUUUAUCGUGAUGGAAAACCUGUUUGAUGUGAUGGAGGAAGGCGUGCAGAUCCACCAUCGAUUCGACGUUAAAGGCUCGUGGGUGAACCGAAGCUACAAGCGUCCACGGCGCGGCGCCAAGGUCAAAUGUCGUCACUGCUCCAUGAUGUUCAAGUAUGGCGCGAAGAAGAGUUUACUGCAGUGUCCGAACGUCGUGGGUCUGCACGAACCGAAUGUAGUUCUGAAGGACAACGACCUGCGGACCAGGAUGCGGAUCGGGACGGAGGAAGGCGUCGAGCUGUACGAGCAACUACGUGACGACUCAAUGUUCCUCUGUGACUUGGGGAUUAUGGACUACAGUCUGCUCUUAGGAGUUAUGGACAUCGAGUUCGUCGUGGAUCAGCCUUCGAGACCGCUUAACAGCUCCGUCUUGAGCGAACGCACGGCUGCUAACACGGCCACUAAUACUGCAUCCAACAGUAUAAGCAACGACAGCUUCAUCUCAGCGUCGUCGUCGUCGAACUGGUCCUCGUCUACUGGGAGUUCCUCGUCCUUAAGCAAGCAUAUACAGCUUAAGGAAGAGGAAGUCAAGCCCCCCAAGAAGCUUAGCAUGAGUGUAGCGCCAAGCGUGCACUCUCUCUUCAACCAGCCAGAGGACCCUCUAAACCAGUCGCGCUAUCCCUCGGCCGGUGGAGAACCGCGCCCUAAGCGCUCUAUGCGGAAGAGUAAGCGCGUGUUCGGGCCUGGCUACUACUACGUGGGCAUCAUCGAUAUCCUACAGACGUGGACGCUACAGAAACGACUCGAGCGCUUCUGGAAGGUGGAUGUCCAACAGAAAGAUGGCGAGGGAUUGUCAGCUAUAGACCCGGUACGGUACCAGCGCCGGUUUGAGGCCAAACUGCGCGAGAUCAUCUCAAUCCCCAAGGAAUAUCACCAUCGUCAGCGUCGCAACCAGCCCAAGACCAGCAUGUUCCAGUCCGUCCAACGUCUCAGUCCAGUGCUGCAAGCUGCCGCGGCGUUCGAGAGCGCCGCAGCAGCGCAAGAGGCGCGACGAGAUCUGGCCCGUGCGCGUGGCGACUCGACCGACACGGACACGUCUGGCACGUCGUCCAGCACGGCAGAGGACGGCGAUCUGGAACAGGCAGGAAGGAACCCGCAGCCGAUCCUGCUGCCGUUCAACCAGAGGCUGAUCUCGACCAACUCGACACGCAGCCAGUUGAGCGUGGCGGAUCUGGUGUGAGCACAGCGGUGCUGCAUUAUUCCGUGGAGAAAAGCUGAAGCUGGCGACCAGCGCAAUGGCAAAUAGAUUAGGAUAGGAAAACUUCAGACUCGUUGAGUGCGAUCAAAAUGUAUUGCACGGUACAGCAACUACAGUACUGUAGUGUUAUAGUGUAAAAGUACUGUAUAGCAUAAUUU